UAAGCUUUACGUGUAAUUAAAGUAGACAAGAGAACAUCGUGUUAGUUAUUGAUCUGGUAUACUAGCCUUCAUGUGUUGGAGCAUUUUCAAAGAUUUGAAUCGGUUUUUCUCAUCUUAAGGUUUUAAAGUAAAGGCUAGAACAGCAGAACAAAUUGUGAGGGCAUUGUAUUGAACAAUGUUAUCCAUAUUUAGGACGAUUGCUAUUGUUUUCUUGUUUCCCGUGUCUGUUGCACCUUGUGUCAAGGAAUGUCCACCUUUCAACUUCCCCGUGUGUGGUACCGACAGCGUGACCUACAUGAACAUCUGUGAGCUUCAGAACGCCAGCUGCAAGAAGACGGUGGCACUCAAGAACGAGGGCGUCUGCCUGUCCAAAUGCUACGUCACCAAAACCCGUUACUGUUCGGCGCCGUGCGGCAAGGUGUUUAACCCCCUGUGCGGGAACAACAACAGGACCUACCCCAGCGACUGUCAUAUGGAGGCAAUCAAUUGUUACCUCCCUGCUGACCAGAAAAUCACGCCAUCUUACUGCGGCAUGUGCAAGCCUUAAUCGAACACUUUCGUUUUAAUAAAGUUUUAUAU